UCCCAAUCGGCACCCCUAUAAACCCCACCUCUCUUCACCCGCUUCUCCUCCAUCCCUGAUCUUCUCUCUCUCUUGCCCAGGCGUCUUUGUAUACGUCUCGGCAUUUUCUCUCCAUCCUCUCUCUCUCUCUCGCGCUCUACAUUACCAGUAAAUAGUUUCAACAACCCACCACACCCAUCGAAAAUGAGAGAGUGCAUUUCGAUCCACAUCGGCCAAGCCGGUAUCCAGGUCGGAAACGCCUGCUGGGAGCUUUACUGUCUCGAACAUGGUAUCCAGCCUGAUGGCCAAAUGCCCAGCGACAAGACCGUCGGUGGUGGUGACGAUGCCUUCAACACCUUCUUCAGUGAAACCGGCGCCGGAAAGCACGUCCCUCGCGCUGUGUUCGUAGAUCUGGAACCCACUGUCAUCGACGAGGUCCGAACCGGAACCUACCGCCAAUUGUUCCACCCUGAGCAACUCAUCAGCGGCAAGGAAGACGCCGCUAACAACUUUGCCAGAGGCCAUUAUACCAUUGGGAAAGAGAUUGUGGAUCUGUGCCUGGAUCGUAUCAGGAAGCUUGCUGAUAACUGCACUGGGCUUCAAGGGUUCUUGGUGUUCCAUGCUGUUGGUGGUGGGACUGGAUCUGGCCUUGGAUCUCUGCUUCUUGAAAGGCUUUCUGUUGAUUACGGAAAGAAAUCGAAGCUUGGAUUCACUGUUUACCCAUCUCCCCAGAUCUCAACCUCUGUUGUUGAACCCUAUAACAGUGUCUUGUCCACUCACUCUUUGCUUGAGCACACUGAUGUUGCUGUACUCCUCGACAAUGAGGCCAUCUAUGACAUUUGCCGCAGAUCUCUCGAUAUUGAGCGACCCACCUACACCAAUCUCAACAGGCUCGUCUCUCAGGUGAUUUCAUCGCUGACUGCUUCUCUUCGUUUCGAUGGAGCUCUGAAUGUGGAUGUGAACGAGUUCCAGACCAAUUUGGUCCCAUACCCAAGAAUUCAUUUCAUGCUUUCUUCAUAUGCCCCUGUUAUCUCUGCAGAAAAGGCCUACCACGAGCAACUCUCGGUUGCAGAGAUCACCAACAGUGCAUUCGAACCGUCUUCUAUGAUGGUGAAAUGCGAUCCUCGCCAUGGGAAGUACAUGGCUUGCUGUUUGAUGUACAGAGGUGAUGUGGUGCCCAAGGAUGUCAACGCUGCUGUGGCCACAAUCAAGACCAAGAGGACCAUCCAGUUUGUGGACUGGUGCCCAACCGGGUUCAAAUGUGGUAUCAACUACCAGCCACCCACUGUGGUUCCUGGUGGUGAUCUUGCUAAGGUUCAGAGAGCAGUUUGCAUGAUCUCCAACUCCACAAGUGUUGCUGAGGUGUUCUCGAGGAUUGAUCAUAAGUUUGAUCUGAUGUAUGCGAAGAGGGCUUUUGUGCACUGGUAUGUGGGUGAGGGUAUGGAGGAAGGAGAGUUCUCUGAGGCUAGGGAGGAUUUGGCUGCUCUGGAGAAGGAUUAUGAGGAAGUUGGGGCUGAGUCUGCUGAAGGAGAAGAUGAAGAGGAAGGAGAGUACUAGGCUUAUUGCUUGUUUGAAUUGAAACCAAUGGACUCAAUUGGUUUACAAUUUGGAUUGCAAUUUGCCUUUUUAGAUUUGUGUUUUUGGUGGUUUGUGUCUGUGUUCUGUUUUUUGAAUAAUCUGUGUUUGUUUGGUGUUCUGAACUAAUGAUGAUGGUUAUGAUAUUUCUAUGGUUGUUUGUUGAAUGAAAAUUUCUGUGGAAGUUCUGUUGAAAUAGUA